AUGGCCGAGACGCAGGAUAAUCAGUAUACAACUAUAAACCGUAAAAAUCUUUAUAAUAACGAUGAGGAGGAUGAUGUUAAUGAUGUAGAGAAUAUGUUAAAUAAACAACAACAGCAGCAGCAAGACCUUGAGACGAAAGAAAAUUAUAAUAAUUAUCAAAGCAUCACCUCAUUUGGCGAUGAGACCGCCGUAGAUGAUUUGUUAGCUUUGGCUAACGAUGAUGCAACAGCUGUUGAAACUGCUAAUUUGUUAUUGUCUGAACAUCAGCCAAAUUUCGUCGAUUUUGAUGAGUUCAAUAUAUGUCUCAAUAAUAUACUUAAUGAUGACGUAGACUCUCAACUACAAUUAUCGCCAUCGGAAGUAAUAUCCAAUACUCUAACAACGGCUGAAGUUGAUGAAUUGUUCAAGGUAAAUAUUGAUAUAAAAGAUAAAAGCCUAAAUCAAAUGUCAACAAAAACUCUGAAUGAAAAAAACGUUUGUAGUAUUAAUAGUAGCAGUAGUAGUAGUAGUAGUAGUCGUAGCAACAGUAGCAACAGUAGUUUACAACAUUAUCAUCAUCAACAUCUACGUCAGCAUCAUCAUAAUAAUGAUGAAGAUGACAAUCUAUUAAAUAUGGUUCAGUUUGAUGAUCAUAUGGAUUUUACAUUCUCAUCUGAAUUAGAAAGCAAUUCCACAAAUAUCACCUCCACUAACACGAGCACGGCUACCAAUCAUCUAACAACAUCUAUAAAUAAUGCUAAUUAUAAAGUGAGUGCAAUAAGUAGUAGGCAUAGUUUAACACUUCAUGGUCACAAUUAUGCCGUAGACAAAAAUAAUGUCCAUCACCAAAUUAAAUUUGAUAAUAAUAAUGAUGAUGAUGAUGAUUUAGAUCUGAAUAUGAUGGUGGAUCCUAUAAGUAUACAAUCAACAUGUAAUUCAACUGCUACUGUAUCAGCUUCUCUGACCACUACCGCUAACACCAGUCAUAUGAACACUAUUAAUGAUGAUGAUGACGACGACGACAAUGAAACACCACAAGAAACAGCCUUAAAUAAUGUUAUUAAGCGCAAUAGUCAUAGUAUUGUAAAUAUAUUUCAAUAA